AUGUUAGAUGAACAAAUCGGCCAUACCGUGGAGGCCUACAUUGAUGACCUUGUAGUCAAAAGCAAGAAGGAAUCCAACCACCUCCGAGACUUGGCGGAAGUCUUCAACAUCCUCAAACUCCACAAGCUACGGCUAAAUCCUGAAAAAUGCGCGUUUAGGGUGAGCGCUGGGAAAUUCCUCGGACACCUGGUCACUCGUAGAGGCAUCGAGGCCGACCCCAACCAAAUCAAGGCUGUUCAAGAUUUGUGCCCACCUAGGACGAUCAAGGAAGGAAAAAGUCGAUGCAGCUUUGAAUGGACCCCGGAUUGUGACUCAGCCUUUGCCGAACUAAAGGACUACUUAAAUUCGACCCCGCUGUUGGUAAAACCGAAGGAGUUCGAAACUUUAUAUCUCUUCCUCGCCAUAUCCGCCCACGCAACCAGUUCUGCUCUUUUAGCCCUCGCUCUCGUUUCAGCGGCUAGAAAACUCCUGCCCUACUUUCAGUCACACCCUAUCGUCGUCUUAACUGAACAUUCCCUCAAGAGCCUCUUUCGAAAGGCUGAUCUAUCCAAUAGGGUUUCCAAGUGGGCAGUCGAGCUAGCAAACUUUGAUAUCCGGUUUGAACCACAAAUGGCAAUCAAAGGACAGGUUCUUGCUGAUUUCAUUGCUGAACUUACUCCAGAAGAUACUGAACUCCUCAACAUACCCAUCCCAACACAAACCGUCGCCGAGCAUCAACUGUCACCAGAACCUUGGCACCUUUUCCAAGGCGACAUAUGGCGUCUACAUGUUGACGGAGCGUCAAACAGCAACGGAGCAGGGGCCGGGGCCGGGGCCGGGGUCGUCCUAGUCUCCCCCUGUGGAACACUACACGAAAGUGCUAUCAGCAUCAACUUCCCCGCCACCAACAACGAAGCUGAAUAUGAAGCACUCCUAGCUGGCUUACGCUCUGUGGUCGCGAUGGAAAUUUCCAACCUUAUUGUUUACUGUGACUCCCAACUCAUCGUUAACCAAAUAUUGGGCGAUUAUGAGGCUCGGGAUCCGCGGAUGUCAAAAUAUCAGGCCACCACAGCCGAACUAAUCACCCACUUCCCCAAUUUCAAAAUCGAACAGAUCAACCGCGAACACAAUGCGCAUGCCGACGCACUCGCUGGCCUUGCCUCAGCUUCAAAAGCAACCGAAUUUCGGACAAUCAGCUUCGGCAACAUGGACUACCCAAGCUUUGAUACCACUUCAAAGGUUCUCAACGUUGAACUGGGCCCAAGCUGGAUGGACGAGAUCAUUGCGUUCCUCAAAAAUGAUACUCUGCCGGCAGACAAGAAGGAAGCUUAUCGUAUCAGGAAUAAAGCCGCUCACUACUGGCUCUCUGAGAGCGGCCAACUUUACAGGAAAUCUAUCUCUGGCCCAUACCUACUCGUGGUCCACCCAACACAGGUACCCGAAAUUCUCGCCGAACUUCAUUCAAGGAGUUGUGGUUGCCACUUCGGCGGCCGUUCACUUUGCCAAAGAGCAUUGAGUCAGGGAUACUUUUGGAAAAACAUGAAAAAAAACUGCGAAGACACAGUUCGCAAAUGCCGACCAUGCCAACUAUUUUCUCCCAUUCCAAAGCAACCCGCUCAGAACCUCUCCCCCAUCAUCAGUCCUUGGCCCUUUGCACAAUGGGGGCUUGAUAUCGUCGGAAAACUGCCAACAGCUCCAGGAGGAUUCAAGUUCCUGAUCACCACAACGGACUACUUCUCAAAAUGGGUAGAGGCCGAACCUCUCGUGACAAUCACUGAGGCUGAUGUCCGAAGAUUUGUCUGGCGAAACAUUGUUACAAGGUUCGGAGUCCCUUAUGCCAUUAUAUCAGACAACGGGAGCCAAUUCAUUGGUAAUGAGCUCACCAACCUCUGUGAAGAAUUUGGGAUACGUUUUUUCAACUCUACUCCAGCUUACCCCCAAGGGAAUGGACAAGCCGAGGCAACAAACAAAACUGUCUGCGCCGGGAUCAAGCGCCGGUUAAAAUCCAAGAGAGGAAAAUGGGCUGAAGAAUUACCACGUGUCCUCUGA